AUGGUGCUCAUGGCGUCCCCUGCAGUGUGCCAACACGGGCUUAUAAACCCGCGUGCAUAUAUAAACUGCAGCAGCAGCAUGAGAUUUGCGUUUCGGAACGAUGCAGCCUCUUAUUACAUUCGUGUAUGUUUCUAUCGCUCUAACUGCUCUUUGGGCAGUCGCCUUUCGGAAACGACAGCGCUAUCGGUAUCCUCCUGGCCCUAAAGGGCUUCCUGUUGUUGGCAAUAUUCUUGAUAUACCGGUCGGGUAUGGCUGGUAUACCUACAAAGAUUGGGCGCGUCAGUAUGACUCCGACAUCAUUCAUCUCCAGAGCCUCGGCAUGCACAUUGUGGUGGUAAACAGUGCCAAGGCCGCCAAAGAUCUCUUUGACAAACGUCAUGGCAUAUACUCCGACAAAGAGCUAACUUCUAUGUUGCUCGAGGUCACUGGGCCCUAUCGCAACUGGUCACUGAUGCAAUAUGGCGAUUACUGGAGGGAGCAUCGCCGGCUGUUCCACCAACAUUUCCGCCCACUCGCAGUCCCACAGUAUCAUCCCAAACGAGCGAAAGCCACUCCCGACCCGGAGACGACUUCGUACCGCAUGUUCGCUAGAUCGUUGAUUCUCGAUACCGUCUACGCCUUUGAUGUGCAGCCCCACGACCCCCGUCUUGAACUCGUGGAGAAAGCUAUGCGCGCAGGUAAUGAAAUGCUCGAGGCGGGAAUCUUCCUUGUUGAUAUUUUUCCGAUCUUGAGGAAUGUGCCUGCAUGGUUUCCUGGUGCGGGGUUCAAGCGUCAAGCAGCCAAGUGGAAGGCGCUGGUGGAUGCCAUGUACGAGGUGCCUUACAGUCAGUUCAAGGAGACGAUGAAUGAAGGCAGUGCUCAGCCGUGCCUCGCUCUAUCUUUACUGUCCGACGCCGACGCGACAGAUAUGUCAAGACUAGAUGAGAUUUUUAUAGCGCUCACGGGGACAGCAUACGCAGCUGGCUCUGACACAACAGUCAUUACAACCGUCUCGUUCAUUCUCGCCAUGGUCUUGAACCCGGAUAUGCAAACAUUUGUGCAAGAGGAGCUUGACAAGGUUGUCGGUAACGAUCGAUUACCGGUGAUGGAGGACCAGCCGUCUCUUCCUCGUGUCACAGCUGUGAUGCAUGAGGUCAUGCGGCGAUAUCCUCCUCUGCCUUUAGCGACUGCCCACCGUGCGAUGUUCGAUGAUGAAUACAAUGGCUACCAUAUCCCUGCAGGCUCGAUAGUCUUUGGUAACACAUGGGCAAUUCUCCACGACGAGGAGACGUACCCCGACCCAUACUCCUUCAACCCAAAACGAUUCCUGUCUGCAGACGGGACGCUCCGAGACGAUGUCCCUCUCCCCACAGAAACGUUCGGCUACGGUCGCAGGAUAUGUCCUGGUCGCUACUUCGCCAUGGACACCCUGUUUCUCGUCGUCUCGAGCCUUCUGGCUGUCUUCAACAUCGAGAAGGCUGUGGAUGAGAAUGGCCAGGUUAUUGAGAUCAGGGAGGAAUUUACCCAGCACAUUAUGAGCGCACCGAAGCCUUUCAAGGCUUGUUUCAAGCCGCGUCAUCCAGGAGCAGAAAGUCUGAUACGGUCAGCGGUUCUAUCAGACGCGUAGGCUGUUUGUGCUUGCCGGGGGAUAGACACGUCGGCGUUUUUAGACGUUUCAUUCGUUGUAUUUCCUUCUGGCGUUGCUGCCAUCGCGAGUCAUUGGCGAGAGUUCAACCUUUCGCACGCUCGGAGACUGUCCCCGAUUAGCACUCUGAGCGUGAGCAUCUCUGCUGUACUGACCUUAUCGUAGAAUGGACUGAGUGCCCGUCUUGUAGGUGAAUACAUCCCAGAGACUUUCCUGGCCUCCGCGUAGUGAGGCUAGCGAUCACCAAACAUUCGUCGG